CAUGCGCUGACCCGUACCACGGGGAGCGGCCAUGUUGCUUUAACCACGCUGGGGACAAGAUGGCGUCUGGGUCUGAAGAUGGCGGAUUUCAGAUAUGGGAUCUAGGUGGUUCAAUGAUUCUCUCUGAGACACCACACAGAAGUACAGUCACAGCGAUCAACUUCUCACCAGACGACAGGUACUUCAUCACAGGGUCACGUGACACCUAUCUGAAAGUUUGGGACGCCAUGUUGAAUUUCGCCCUGGUAAAGACCAUCAACACUUCCAUAGAGAUUCUCGCCUCGUGUUUUAGUCCCAAUGGCCUUGACCUUGUCAUUGCUGGGUGUGGAAGCAGUGUCGCCAUGUUGGAGACGUCGACUUGGAGAAUGACGGGAGCUAGUACUGGUUACGCUAGUUUGAACCUUUGUGUGGCGUAUGCACCAGAUGGGAGUUACUUUCUCACCGGUGGGGACGACUCGUCCAUCACUGUGUGGAAGCGAAUGGGGGAUGGCCAGAUCAUGGCGAGGAGCCGCUUGACUGCGCACAGGGCUUGGAUCUGGUGUAUCAAAUUCGGCCGCGACGGGAAACACUUCUUUUCUUGCUCCUCUGACCGAAGCUUAAAGUUAUGGAACGCCGAGACACAGACUGUGAUCGCAACUGUCGGUGGCCAUAAUCAUCGGGUCACAUGCGUGACCUUGCUACCCGGAAUGACCUCGACCUUCGUGACGUCAUCACUUGACGGCUCCUUGAAGGUAUGGAACUACGAUAUCGUGUUGAAGGGUGAUCUACGUCCUGUCCAGCUACACUACAGACUAACGGGGGUAUCUCCCGACGGAAAAUACUUGGCGACGACUCAAGGAUGGAACAAACAAUGCAAUCUCUAUCUCACAGCAGAAGAUGACCGGUUUAUCGCGAACACAGCGCCGCAUGGUGGCAUUGUCAAUGCAAUGGCAUUCUCGGGAGAUUCAACGAGACUGGCAACAUUAGAUGUCGGCCAUUUGGGAGCACAUGAGGCAGGCUCUGUCACCAAAGCCAUCGUCGCCAUCACCAACCUCGCCGACUGUACUGUUGCGUGUAGCCGCCUGAACGUGGUGGGACCGAGGGUCAUCACUUACUGCGGGAGUGAAAGGAUCGCCGUUGGGACUCAUGUAGGUGAAAUCAUCAUGUUUGAUGCUCGAACCUUCGAAUGCCUGACUAGUUGGCAUUGGCAGGCUGAAGGCAGCACUACAUCAGCGACCUCUCUCCAAUCAUUGGCCUACAGCACAAGCUGUCGGCAUCUUGCUGGUUGUGUUUGGGGGGAAGGAGAAGAUAUAUCACCUUUAAUCAAAGUCUGGGAAAGUGGUUCCUCCAACUUGGCGCUGGAGCUGACGCUUCCAGAGGAGGACUCUAUCAAUAACCUGGCCUACUCCCCUGACGGCUCCUUGUUAGCUGCCAGCUUCAUCCAGGGGUUGAUCCUGAUAUGGUCCGCCAAAGGUGCAGACUACACCCUCACCAAGACCAUUCGCCCACCUUGGGCCAUGAACAGGCCUAGUAUCCACUUCUCCCACCAGGGGCGUUACCUCGCCACCGGCUCUGCCGACAUGAACACACGAGUUUGGGAUGUGAGGAAGAACUUCGAGAUGGUGUGCGCCUACUACGGCCCGGUGAAUGUGCUUGACUUCAAGGCGGUGAAUGAACUCUAUUUUGGAAUGGCAAGUGGCGAAAAGAAACUAGUGAAAUUUGUUGAAAAAUAAAGACAAUAUACACGCACAUACACACUGUCUAUCGUCUUCAUGAAUGCUAUCAAAGUCGUCUCAUCAUACCGACCAUGGUUGUGGCGUCGUCCUCAUAAGACCAACACUCGUGUUGUCUAGACAGGCUCAAACGAGUGACAAAAUAAGUCAAAUUCCGUAUGAAUAAUUAAAUACCAUCUUUAUCAUCGCCACCAGUAAGUAAGUCUGGUCUUCGAUCUUCCCGCUCGUGUGCUAUGAUCUCCCUAAAUACUCGUGUGGUAUCUACACUCUUAGUCAUGUCGCAUGAACGUUUAAAUUGUAUA